GCGUUAAUUCUCCGACGACCUGUCCGCUCUGUACUCUACUCCUCCAAAAAAUACCUGAUACUGUCAGCGGGUACUCUGUACAAGUACUCCGUAGAAAAAAGAUACCUGCAACACCACUCCAUACACACACACAAUGGUAUCCCAACAACAUUCAUUUCUAUAUUUGGUUUACUUUACUCUACUCCAUGCUCCAUACUACUACAAUACUCCCACAGAAAACACAUGGACCAUACCCAUGCCCCCGCAAAGACCACCCGUUCAGGCUCUUGUAAUAAUUUUCCAUCCUCCUACAUAGUACCUGUACACAUCUCUCAU